AUGUUACGAGCCAUGGCUUCUCCGUUGCAGUUUGCCUACCGCACCCUCAAGCACAUUGGUGUCUUUGACGCCGCUCCAGCCUACGAACCCCUCCCUGGCUUCACCAAGCCCGAGGGUAACCUUCGCUGCUGUGCAUACUCACCAUGUGGUCGCUACUUUGGAUGGGCCUCACCCGAGGCCGUCAGCGUCAUUGACGCCUCCAACGGCGCCGCCAUUCUCACUCUCCCCAUGACCAGCGUCUACGAGCUCGGCUUCUCGCCUCAAGGUACCUUUGUCAUCACGUGGGAGCGUCCUGCCAAGGAUGACAAUGGCGACGCCACCAAAAACUUGAAGAUCUGGCGCACAGUCGAAGAUGGUGUUGCUGCCGCUGAUAAGCAGCCCAUUGGCCGCUUCGUCCAGAAGCAGCAGGGAGGUUGGAACCUCCAGUACACGGCCGACGAAAAGUACUGCGCACGCCUCGUCACCAACGAGGUGCAAUUCUAUGAGACUCACGAUCUCAUCACUGUCUGGAACAAGCUUCGCGUCGAGGGAGUCGCUAAUUUCGCUCUCGCUCCCGGAAGCAAGAACCACGCUGUCGCAGUCUUUAUCCCUGAGCGCAAGGGCCAACCCGCCUCCGUUCGCGUUUUCAAUGUCCCAGAGUUCAACGCCCCCAUUUCUCAAAAGACAUUUUUCAAGGGCGACAAGGUCCAGCUCAAGUGGAACAAGCGCGGCUCCAGCAUCCUCGUGCUGGCGCAGACCGAUGUUGACCGCUCCGGCAAGAGCUACUACGGCGAGACGACGCUCUAUCUCUUGAGCACGAACGGUGCGUUUGACGCUCGCGUCUCGCUUGAUAAAGAGGGGCCCAUCCACGAUGUCUCCUGGUCGCCCAACUCUCGUGAGUUCGGUGUCGUCUACGGGUACAUGCCUGCCAAGGCCACCAUCUUCAACGAUCGAGCCGUCGCUACCCACUCUUUCCCUCUAAGCCCUCGUAACACAAUCACGUUCUCUCCCACCGGUCGUUUCGUCCUUGUGGCUGGCUUUGGAAACCUUGCUGGUCAGAUUGACGUCUACGAUCUUGAAAAGGACUACCGAAAGGUGACCACCAUUGAGAGCGGCAACCCCAGCGUUUGCGAGUGGAGCCCCGACAACCGGUAUAUCAUGACUGCCACGACGUCACCGCGACUUCGUGUUGACAAUGGUGUCAAGCUGUGGCACGUCGCAGGCACGCUCAUGUACAGCGAAGAUAUGGUUGAACUGUACAAUGUUGUCUGGAGGCCGCAGGCACCCGAGGCCGCCGCGCCAGGAGAUCCUCUCACGACUGUGCCCCCUCCCCAUGCUUCCGCGGCCACGUACCUUGGCACCGUCAAGACGCCGAGCAAGCCUGCUGGUGCUUACCGCCCCCCUGGUGCGCGCGGCCUGGCUACUCCGUUGCAUUUCAAGCGUGAAGACGAGGGUGGGGCGGCUCAUGUUGUGAGCAAUGGCACUCAAAAUGUCGGGCCCAACGGUUUUGGUCGUGCUCGCCGCGCCGUCCCCGGCGCGGAGCCUGCCGAGUCUGGUUCUGCUCCUGCGCGUGGGGUCCCUGGAGCUGAGCCGGCUGAAAACGACGCCGGCAAGAAGGGCAAGAAGAAGAGAAGCAAGAGGAACAAUACUAACCAGGGCGAUGGCAAACUCGAGGCGGAGCCAAACGGCGGCGCUAGUCUCGCCCCUCCUCAGCCAGGAAAGGACGGCCGCAGUCCUGAGAGACGUGGUGGUGCUGGUGCGGGUGCUGGCGCCAAUGACCGCAAUUUCCGCAGCCGCUCCAGACACAAUGGCGACAAUCGCAGCCGCAGCAACACCCACCAGGGACAGCGCAACGGCGGCAAUGCCGCUCAGCAGACUCCCGCCCAGGAUGCUGGCGCCGCCGAUUCUAACCCUCAUGCUAAGAAGAUCCGCAGUCUGCAGAAAAAGGUCCGCGCCAUUGAGGAUUUGGAGAUGCGGCUAGCGGGCGGCGAGAAGCUCGAGGAUACGCAAAUGAAGAAGAUCAACACCAAAUCGGCUGUGAUCAAGGAGCUGCAGGGCCUGGGUGACGAGCCCUAG